AUGUCCCCGUCCUCGACGGGCGACUCCCCUCGAUCGGCCACAGCAGCAGCCACCGCCCGGUUUACCAUGCCUACUCGUGACAACUUCACCAUUGACAUACCCUCCGGCGCCCUCAACUCAGUCACCAACGGUGCCGUAAAUUCCAUAAAAUCCCCCGCCACCAUCAAGACGCAGCGGGCUGCGAGCUUCAGCAGGGAAGGCAUCCUUGGCGCCGCCCAGAAGGCGCGCAACCUCUCUUUGCCCACCGAUACCCGAUCCGAAAACAUGGCCGCCGGAAACCAAAAGUCGCAGCAGGCCGACGAUGGUCCUAGCAGCAACCCUCUGAAAAGGCGCAACCCAGACUCCACUCCUGAUUACCCGAGGAGGAGGGCUACUAUUGCUUGCGAGGUUUGCCGAUCCAGAAAGUCCCGAUGCGAUGGCACGAAGCCAAAAUGCAAGCUCUGCACCGAGCUCGGCGCCGAGUGUAUCUACCGCGAGCCCGGAAUCAAGCUUGAUGCUGGCGACAAGCUUAUCCUGGAGCGCCUUGGCAGGAUCGAAAAUCUACUGCAAAUGAACAUUGUCAACAGCCAGGCUAACGGCGGCAUAAAUAUUUCCCACGAUUCCCCCUCGAUGAGCAACGGAACUGCCCUGAGCGGUGGGGAAAACCUCAUGGUUGGAAACGCCGCGAACAACUUUGUGUCUAUCAUUCCAAACGGCGGCCUUGGUACCUGGACGAGCCCCACCAAUAUCUCGACGAUGCCCAAGGUGCACACGAAUGCCGCGCUUCACCUCCUCCAGUGGCCCCUUAUCCGUGAUCUCGUUUCUCAACCCUACGACCCCCAGAUUUUGCUCCAGCUCGAAAUGGCGCGGGACCCUCUCCAUUCGCUCACCAAAACUCCCUGCGUCGACUUGUCUAAUACCCAAGCCUACAUCGAGGCGUACUUUGAGCGAGUGAACGUGUGGUAUGCCUGCGUCAACCCCUUCACUUGGAGGAGCCAUUACCGAACCGCGCUCUCCAACGGUUUUAGGGAGGGUCCCGAGAGCUGCAUUGUCUUGUUGGUCUUGGCCCUCGGCCAGGCGAGCUUGCGGGGCAGCAUCUCACGUAUUGUCCCUCAGGAGGAUCCCCCCGGCCUUCAAUACUUCACCGCGGCCUGGGCUUUGCUUCCCGGUAUGAUGACUUCGAACCACGUACUCGCAGCGCAGUGUCAUCUCCUGGCGGCGGCCUAUCUCUUCUAUCUGGUUAGGCCUCUAGAGGCUUGGAAUCUCUUGUGUACUACGAGUACGAAGCUACAACUUCUACUCAUGUCACCGAACCGUGUCCCUCCUCAGCAGCGCGAGUUGACGGAGCGUAUCUACUGGAAUGCCCUUCUCUUCGAAAGCGACCUCCUUGCCGAGCUGGACCUCCCCCACUCGGGCGUGGUGCAGUUUGAAGAGAAUGUCGGCCUCCCCGGCGGCUUUGAAGGAGAGGAUAAUCAAGAAGCCGUGGGACGCGAUGACCUCUGGUACUUCUUGGCCGAGAUUGCUCUCCGAAGGUUGUUGAACCGCGUCAGCCAGCUCAUCUAUUCCAAGGAUUCCAUGGCCUCGACAACGAGUCUGGAGCCGGUCGUGGCCGAGCUCGACUACCAGCUUACCCAGUGGUACGAGUCAUUGCCUAUGCCCUUGCAGUUCCCAUUCGCGCGGACCAUGCUCGUGGACCCGGUCCAAACGGUCCUACGAUUCAGGUUCUUCGCAUGCCGAACUAUAAUUUACCGGCCCUACAUCUUGGCCGUUCUGGAUAACGAAAACGCCGUAUUGGAUCCAUCAGUACGGGAAAGCUGCCAUAAAUGCCUCGAAGCGGCAAUCCGGCAAUUGGAACAUAUCCAGGCACAUCACGCCGGCCACAUGCCUUAUCUCUGGCAAGGAGCUCUGUCGAUCGUAUCGCAGACGCUGCUCGUAAUGGGCGCAACUAUGUCCCCUUCACUGAUGAGCAUCCUGCUUACGCUCGUCCACAGCCGAGAGACGAUUGACCACAUCAUCAACGAGGUUGUUAUGGAAAUUGAGAGAUAUGCCGUGUUGGCGCCCAGCCUCAGCCUAGCGGCCGAAAUUAUCAAAGAAGCUGAGGUUCGAAGAAGGGCGUUCCUCAACGCUUGA